AUGGAGAGGGAGAGCCAUGAGUCCAAAUCCAGUAGGUUCCGCAAGUACUGGUUCACUCCUGCAAAACACCAGAGAGCUGACCCAUGUUGUCCUAACAAUGAAAUUUCAGAUGGAGAUGAUUAUGAAAGUGAAACCUUUCUGAAGGAUGUCCUCUCUCAGUCGGUCGAUAUGGGUUCAUGCAAAUUAACCAAUGAAUUAAGAAUCUUUGUGGGUACUUGGAAUGUAGCCGGAAGAUCACCGGUCGGAAGCUUAGCCGUCGAUUUAGACGAUUGGCUCAACCUCAAAGAUGCAGCAGAUAUAUACGUUCUCGGAUUUCAAGAGAUUGUACCAUUGAAAACAAGGACAGUGGUCGGAGCAGAGGACAAAUCCAAAGCAACGAACUGGAAUUUACUGAUCGGAAAAAUUCUAAACGACAAAUACGGAUGUCCAUGGCUGACGCCAAUGAUGAUGAACACAGUCACCGGCGACGAGGACUACACAAGAAACCCCAAAAAACCGAUAAGUUUCGCCGGAGAUCAAACGCCGAUCAAAUUCCCAGCGAGAAUUCCGGCGAACCAGCUUUUCGGCGGGAGCAGAUAUGUUUUGUUGGCAAGCAAGAAGAUGGUGGGAGUGUUUACAAGCGUAUGGAUAAGGAGAGAUUUGCUGAGGAAAUAUUACAUUUCGAAUGUCAAAGUUUGUUCAGUGGCCUGUGGAAUAAUGGGUUAUUUGGGUAAUAAAGGGUCAGUUUCAGUGAGUAUGUCAAUUGAAGGGACAAGUUUUUGCUUUGUGGCGGCACAUUUGGCUUCCGGAGAGAAAAGGGGGGACGAGCGGCGGAGGAACCACCAGGUGUCGGAGAUAUUCCGGCGGACUUUUUUUGCCAGGACGCCUAAAGAUGAUGGGUAUCCAAAUCCAAAUCCUCCUCUCACCAUCUUAGGACAUAAUCAAAUAUUUUGGUUUGGGGAUCUGAACUAUAGGCUGUAUUUAGAGGACAAUUUUGCGAGGCAACUGAUAAAGAAGCAAGACUGGAAAGCAUUGCAAGGGUUUGAUCAGCUACGGAAAGAACAAGAAGCUGGUGGAGUGUUUCAGGGCUGGAGAGAAGGAAACAUAGAGUUUGCACCUACUUACAAGUAUUCUUCAUCUAAUUGCAAUCGCUAUUCAGGUGGUCCUCUAAGAAGAACAGGAGAGAAGCAAAGAACUCCAGCAUGGUGUGACAGAAUUCUAUGGUAUGGAAAAGGAGUGAGGCAACUCUCCUAUUUCAGAAGUGAGAGUAAGUUUUCUGAUCACAGGCCAGUCUCUGCCCAAUUUUUAGCACAGAUUGAGCUGCUGGAAUCUACAAAUCCAAGAGUUAUUGCCCUCAGCAAGUUUCUUCCCUCCAUACCGCUUUCCAAACAGAUGGUGAAGGGGGAAACUAAUGUAGAAGCAAAAUCUACCUUGGCAGCAUUGAUGGUAAAGGAUAGAGAAGAAUCAUCACUAUGAGUGCAAAAUCCAUGGGACAAAUGAAGGCUGGGCCUCCGAAUUGUCAUGGAAACAUUGAGGGCAUAUACAACUAUUCAGCAAUGUCUCGCUGAGACGAUUAUAUGACCCUUCCGAUCCAGAAGUGAGCUAAUUGAUGGUCAAAGAAACAAAAUCACCGGGAAGUGUCCAAAGUUGGCGAAAAGAUUGUUUAUAGAUAUAUUCAGAGUUAAAGACAGUAUUAUCAAUCCAUUGACUUUGACUCAAAAGCAUUGCUUGGUAUACUGGAAGAUUCCAGAUCAAGUCUUUCCGAAAUCAGUAUAACAGAAGAGAUUUA